AUGUAUCAUGCCAUUAAAGAAUGGGGUGGAACUCCUUUUGGCUUUAUUGAUGAUGUGACUAUUACCGUUGAAGGUAAAAUUGAAGAAAAUACCAAAAGCUUAAGCAACAUAUUAGAAAAAUGUUGUAAUUGGGCUAAAUCAAGAAUGACCAAAAUUGAUUUGGGUGAUAAAUUGGGUUUUAUUCAUUUUACAAAAAAUGUGAAACCUAAAGAUGAGAAAGUGCAACUUACUUUACCUAAUGGGGAACUUCGUGAACCCCAGAAGGAAGUUAAAUUGCUUGGAAUUACUUUGAACAAUCUGCUUGAUUUUAAAUCUCAUAUUUUGAAUAAAAUCAAUAAAGCAAGAAAAGCUGUUGGUGCUAUUUGGCAUCUUGGUGGGGUGCAAAAAGGUAUGCGAGGGUCUGCAGUCAGAUCACUGUAUAUUGCUUGCGUGAGACCAAUUGUCGAAUAUGGCUUAGAAAUUUGGCAUCACAAAAUUUUGAAAGGAGAAAUCCACAAGUUGGAAGUAAUGCAGAAUAUGGCUUUAAGAAGAAUUGUUGGUGCUUAUCGCACAACUCCUAUUGCGGUACUACAAAAGGAAGCUGGUAUUAUGCCAUAUAGUAUUAGGCUAAAAUUUAUGGUGGCACGAAAAGCUAUUCGUUUACACCUAAAUAUUAGCAAAACUAAUCCUAUUAAUGGUCAUUUGUUAACAUUGAUUGAGAAAUCUCCAAUUGCAAAGCUAACCACGCUUUACAUGUUGGCGAAAGAUGAUAGAGACUAUAUGAAUAAAAAAGGAUGA